AUGGUACUUUAUUGCGAGUUUCAAUCCCAGGUGAAUGAUGCUCUCAACAAGCCACCUACUACUCGUGCAACUGCUCGAGGUGGCUCCUCGGAACGAUCUACUGGAGGGCUAUCAACGGCUAAUUUGGCGGGCCUUAGCGGCAGUGAGGAGCUCGGUGCACUUGGAGGACUUGAUCAGCAGCAACUGAUGCAGCUUCUUCAGUUCAUGAAUCAAGGAAGCUCAGAUUCACCGUCGCUAGUUCCUCAAACACCUUCGGGAGGUAAUUCCGAGCGUGGGGCUUCUGGAAAUGCUCCUAAAGUUUCUGCCUCGGAGCUUACUCAACUUCAAACCUUAUUAGGUGGGCUCAGGGCUCCAGGAACUGCAGGUGCCGGUUCAUCGCAAGAUCGUCAGGUUGCGAUCGAGCUCGGUGACGUCAUUGCUGGAGGGCAAGUAGUUGACACAGCGAAAAACAAUGCGGAUCGCCUUCUCAACCAUAUGCCCGCGGAGGAUAAAACAGCGCCGGAUACUAAACAGGCUUUAGAGGAUACUGUUCGUUCUCCUCAUUACAGACAAGCUGCCAACACCUUCGGCCACGCUCUUGCUACCGGGCAGAUGGCUCCCGUGCUAGAACGAUUCGGCAUCAGCGAAGGGGCUGCGCAAGCCGCUGCCACUGGAAGUGAGUUCGUUUCAAUUGUGAAUAACCUUGAACACGAUGUCAAGAGAGAAGGCUAUUUUGUGGAUACUCUGAUGAAGAGUGGCGUGAUUUUGUAUUUGCUGGAAUUCGCUAGAAAACUGACUGAAGCAGAACGCGGCCUUGAGGCUUCUCAGUCAGCUAAUGAACCAGUUGCUAGCGCCAGUGCAGAAACAGCUGUUGAAGUGCAAGAUGAAGAUGCUGAGGAACCUGUUAAGGAACCGGAACCCAAACGUGGGAAGACUGAAGAAGAUGAAAUGGAUCUGGAUUAA